UGAGUGCAACGAGGAAAGCGCGGCUGCUUCGGAUGAAAAAGUACCUGAAAAGCCUGCAGAAAGUGACCACGCUUCCAGCAACCCAAUCCCUUCUCCUGACGCACUACUUGAACUGAAGUCAAUUGAGGACAUGGUCACAGAUCCCUUUUUCAUGGACCUUGGGCAAAUGAAAAUGCUUUUGGCCUCAACUGCAGAGGCCCGCGUGUCCAAUGCACCAGAUGAUUUGCCGUCAUACAUUUUAAAUCCUGACGUGGCACAAGAACUUGGCAACAGGUCUCCACCAGGCCCAUGCAUUUUGAAAGAGAAUGGCAGCUUCAAAAUUGCCUGCAAGGAAAACAUAGUGGCGUUACAACCUGCAUCAUCACUUGAGAAGGCGGUCAUCCUCCUGUUGACUGUUUAUUUUAUUUUAAACCUGUCAUACCCAUACGCUUUUGGACAGUUUUUGGGACUUGUGCAGCAGCAUGUCAUCUGCAACAUUGUGAAGUUGUGCCUUCUUUUACGAUUUUUUAUCACCAAGGCAAAGCGCUGGCUCUAGGUUUCAAGGCUGGCUUGUUUUUCUUUCUUUAAGGUAUCUCAUUUGUAUUUUUCGAGGCUGAGUUGUUUGGUUAUUUAAAGGUUUCUCACUUGUUUUCCAGAGUGUCUUACCUUUAUAUUUCGCUGUUGCCUUGUUGACUUUUUAAAAUGUGCAACAUGCUUCCAGAUAUAUUUGGGGGCAUAAAAUUUUGUAAACAUUUACACUAGC